UUUAUCGUCAUCGCUAUGCCUGGAACAGUUGGUACCACAAAUGGCUCGCCACAGGAUGACCAACCAAAGAAUAAGUCUGUGUGGACAGAACAUAAGUCCCUGGAUGAGAAGACCUACUACUACAACACAGAGACCAAGCAGUCUUCCUGGGAAAAGCCAGACGACCUGAAAUCUCCUGCAGAACAAAUGCUGUCUAAAUGCCAAUGGAAGGAGUACAAAUCAGACAAUGGGAAGGCGUACUACUACAACUCCCACACUAAGGAGUCCCGGUGGACCAAACCCAAAGAGCUUGAAGAUCUGGAAGCCAUGAUAAAAGCUGAGGAGAAUGGGAUGGCGGAGGUAGGUGCUCCUGGCACUGUCAUCAUCACCCCCAACCUUCAGCUCGACAGCGCUGCUUCGAUGGCGACCAUGAUGAUGGAAAUGCCAGCCAUGAGGCCAGCUCCAACCGUCUCAGUGGAACAGAUGUCCAUGGUGCCCAUGCUUGUAGCUGAGGUCAACGCUGACUCGCCUGUCAACUCCACAGAGGACUUGGCCGGCAUGGAGGCCUCAGUCAGUAAUGAUGCCUCAAAAGAGGAGAGGCCAGAGCUGGUGAAGAAAACGUACAAGUGGAACACGAAAGAAGAGGCCAAGCAGGCCUUCAAAGAGCUCCUGAAGGAGAAGGGCGUUUCAUCCAAUGCGUCUUGGGAACAAGCCAUGAAAAUGAUCAUCAAUGACCCACGCUACAGUGCUCUGCCGAAGUUAAGUGAGAAAAAGCAGGCCUUCAAUGCUUACAAGGUGCAGACAGAGAAAGAGGAGAAGGAGGAGACUAGGAUCAAGUACAAGGAAUCCAAGGAAACGUAUCAGCGAUUUUUGGAAAACCACGAGAAAAUGACAUCUACAACCAGAUAUAAGAAAGCAGAGCAGAUGUUUGCGGAGCUCGAUGUGUGGAGCACCGUCCCAGAGAGGGACAGACUGGAGAUCUAUGAAGACGUCCUGUUCUACCUAGCCAAGAAGGAGAAGGAGCAAGCCAAGCAGCUGAGGAAGAGGAACUGGGAGGCUCUGAAGAACAUCCUGGACAACAUGGCCAACGUGACGUACCGCACCACCUGGUCCGAGGCCCAGCAGUACCUGCUGGACAACCCCACCUUCGCAGAGGACGAGGAGCUCCAGAACAUGGACAAAGAGGACGCGCUGAUCUGUUUCGAGGAGCACAUCCGAGCUCUGGAGAAGGAGGAGGAGGACGAGAAGCAGAAGACACUGCUGAGGGAGAGGAGGAGACAGCGCAAGAACAGAGAGUCCUUCCAGAAAUUCCUGGACGAGCUCCAUGACAACGGUCAGCUCCACUCCAUGGCUGCGUGGAUGGAGAUGUACCCCACCGUCAGCUCUGACAUCCGCUUCGCCAACAUGCUGGGCCAGCCAGUUUAUGGUGUCUAUUCCGCAGGCUCCACUCCCCUCGAUCUGUUCAAGUUCUACGUGGAAGACCUGAAGGCUCGCUACCACGACGAGAAGCGGAUCAUUAAGGAUAUCCUGAAGGACAAAAACUUCUUGGUCGAGGUAAACACUAGCUUUGAAGACUUUGGCACUGUGAUCAGCUCAGACAAGAGAGCCACAACGCUGGAUGCAGGCAACAUCAAGCUAGCCUUCAACAGCUUGCUGGAGAAGGCGGAGGCUCGGGAGAGGGAGCGGGAGAAGGAGGAGGCCAGGAAGAUGAAGAGGAAAGAGGCUACCUUCAAGAGCAUGUUGAAGCAGGCUACCCCAGCCCUGGAACCAGAGACCACCUGGGAAGAAGUCCGAGAAAGAUUCCUCAAAGAAUCUGCAUUCGAAGACGUGACUCUGGAAUCUGAGAGGAAAAGGAUAUUCAAAGACUUCAUGCAUGUCUUGGAGCACGAGUGCCAGCAUCAUCACUCCAAGACCAAGAAACACUCAAAGAAGUCCAAGAAGCACCACAGGAAGCGCUCCCGCUCUCGAUCGGGCUCAGAGUCUGAAGGUGAAGACGAUUAUCACACCAAGAAGAAGAAGCGCUCACAGUCCAAGUCCCCGUCCGAGCGCUCCUCCAGUGGGGAAUCUGAUAGAAGUUAUAAGAAGUCCAAGAAGCACAAGAAGAAGGGGAAGAAGAGGCGUCACAAGUCGCAAUCUCCUGAAUCCGAAGGCGAGCGGAAAGAGAAGGGAGGAAGAGAGAGGGACAGCAAGCGGGAGAAGGACCAGGAGAAAGAGAAAGAGAACGAUAAGUCCCGGGGGAAGAGUCGCUCUGAAUCCAAGCAGAAGUCACCUAAAAGGAAAUCUACCAAGGAGGAGGGUGGCUGGGACACUUCAGGCAGCGAGCUGAGUGAAGGGGAGCUGGAGAAGAGGAGGAGGACUCUACUGGAACAGCUGGAUGCUCCUUGAUCCUGUUUUUCCUCAUGCUUCCUUUCAUCCACCAUAGAUUCCCCCCGGUGCUUAUUUUUCAGCGUAAUGCCACACACGCUUGGACUUAAGGUUAUACAAUUCCGGUAACUUUCCCAAACUUCACAGGUUUUCCCAGAAAUCCCAGUUAGAAGAUUUGCUUAAUUCCUGCCAAUUUUUGCCUAAGUUACCAGAAUGUUUCAACCCUUUUUGGACUGUGUGUGAACUAUUCCCCUUGUGUUUUGUAUAAUGGGAAUGAACCCGCCACCCUGGCACUAGAAUGCUUGGUAAAUAUUUGCUGUUUUCUUACAUUAUUGGAAGUGGUCACAGGCUGAGUUGAGUGACUACUUUGAUAUCAGUUAAACUGUGUGGACAUUUAGUGACACACUUCAGAAAUGUGGUGCCUUUUUAUAAUGUUUUCUCACUAGCCAUUUUAUUUGUUUUGUAGUUGUUUGAUAUCGAAAUGGAUUCAAGGAGCACCUUAAUGCCAUGCUCUUAAAUGUGACUGCCUUGCAGUUCUCAGUACAAUUCUUAUCCGAGUCACAAAUGGCACUGUAUUUAUUCCCUUUAUAGUGCACUACUUUUGACUAGGGCCCUCAAAGUAAAAAAAAUAAAUAAGUUUAGUUUAGGAAAUCUGUUGACAAAAUAUCCCGCAAAUAAGAGAUGUGAUUGUGUCUCAGUGUAAUUAAGGUUUGAAAUGAUUUUCAAAUACAAUAAAUACAUUUUUGUGCUUAGUUGUGCUCAAUUUGCAGUGUACAAAUUUUAAUGAUUUUCCAGACCUCCGACCAUCCGCUCCGACAGAAUCGCCCCGCAGCUGAAUCUCGUUGCAUACCGCUGCUUUGGACUGAUGUAGAACUCUUUGGCAAAGGUCCACGUCUAGACUGAAGUAAAUGUCUCUCUGAAACAAGACCCUUUAAAAUACAUUUUUUAUGGUAUUUUUAGGAUUGGUUCGCUAGAUUUUCACGAGAGGAAUUGUGAAAGUCCUCGUUGCAUGAUCUAUAAAUGUAAUAAAAUACAGUUGACAUGAA